AGUACCGGGGCGCGCCGCGACAACUGGGGACAGACGAGCGCCGAAGGUCGAUAAGUCGGGAGCUCAUGAUCGUGCGGGAGUGACAUAACCAGUAACUGACCAAGGACCGCGAGAUAGGGGUUCUGCCUCUCAGUGCUGAUAGGGUGACGGUGUUCACGUGCAUUUCGCUUGAGAACACGAGGAGAAAACGGAUACCGUCGCAUCUAAACAGGCAGUGCACUAGCGAACACCAUGGCUCUGCAGGUGGGGAUCCUGGCGCUGGUGGAAGGCCGCCGUCUGCGCCGGAUGGGCCUCCAGGAGUCGGGCUGGAACCGGCUGUUCCUCCGGCAGCAGGGCACCGGUCUGCUGGUCUACUCGCUGGUCAUAGACUCGCAGCGGCGUCUGGAGCCGGAGCAUGUGCGCAGUGCGCUGGCCGCCCUGCAGAGGCAGUACCCGCUGCUGCGCGCGCGCGUGGAGCGGGUGGACGGCGCCGAGCACCUGGUGGCCGGGCCGUGCCCGGACGUGCCGCUGGCGGUACUUCCCCCGGCCCGUCACUGGCUGGCCGAACACCACCGCCAGCUGCGGCACGUGCACAUCGACCCGGCCGCCGAGCCGCUCUGGAAGGCGGCGCUGCUGCACGAGCCGGCCGGCCUGGCGGCCGCGCCGACAGCGGCGCCGCACCGGGCCGUGCUCUACUUCUGCAUCUGCCAUAGCAUCACGGACGGCUCCAGCAACGGCCUGCUGCUGGGCCGCUUCCUGGAGAACCUGGACCGGCUGGCGGCCGGCGGCCAGCCGGACGUCUCUCAGACGGCCCCGCUGCCCGCUCCGGUGGAGGAGCUCGUCAAGAAGCAGCCGCGGCCGCCGCUGAGCCUGGCGCUGGCGCGCGCCGCGCUGCGCACAAUGAGGGUCUGGUACGGCCGCGAUCAGCACCCGUUCCUCGAUCGGUUCGUGGCACCGCUGGACCCGGACCGGCCGCUGGAGAGCUACUGGAACCAGAUGCUGCCGCAGGUGAUGUCGCAGCCCGAGUCGGAGCGUCUGCGCGCCCUGUGCCGCCAGCACGGGGUGACGAUGAACGCGGCCGUGUCGGCGGCCGUCAGUCUGGCGGCGGCGCGCCUGCUGGCGGCCCCCGGCGCGCCGGCCGGCGCCGUGUCGCCGCCCGUCUCACUGCCCACUCUUUGGAUGGUCAACAUGCGCCGCUACCUGCCGGAGGCGCGUGGUGUGCCCAUGGCCGGUGCCGGCCUCCUGUUCGACUCUGUGCGUGUGUCUCGCACGGACGGCGACCACUUCUGGCAGCUGGCUGCUCAGGUGCGCGACCAACUGAACGACCACCUCGACAGCCGUCUGCUGCUGAAAACCAUCGAGCCGUUCUACCGCGGCCUCAGCCCUCCCGAGAAGCCGCCGCCGCCGCCGACCGCGCCCGUACCGCCGCGCAGCAAAAUCCUGUACGGCAUCAACAACAUCGGCUCGCUGGACACGGUGUUUCCGCGCACGGUACACGUGCGUGCCGCCGAGCUGCACCGCACGUACCGCGACCACGCCACCACCAGCGCGUUCGGCAGCCACUGCUUCCAGACGGUGGCCGGCCGGCUCUGCUACGACCUGAAUUUUGUGAACGGCCGCGCCGGGCCGCAGCACGCCGAGCGCUUCUCUCGGGAGGUGAUGCAGGUGCUCAGGGAGGUGGUCGGCGACGGGCAGGGCGGACAGUGAGGGAGGGGAUACACCGGAAUACGCCGGGCAGGACAGGGCAGUGAGGGAGGGGAUGUGCCGGAAUACGCCGGGCAGGGCAGGGCAGUGAGGGAGGAGUACACCAGAAAGAACUGAGGAAGGGGAUACACCGGACAGAACUGAGGGGGGAUGCUAGGGAGGGGAUACACCGGAUAGAACUGAGGGGGGAUACUAGGGAGGGGAUACACCGGAUAGAACCGAGGUAGGGGAUACUCCAGGCAGGGCAGGCGCCAGACAGUGAGGGACGGGGGACGGCGCCGGGUGGGGAUACCACAGGGAUGACGCACAAGGAUCGGACCACGUGGAUCGGAUUGGAACUGGGGAACUUUUAGCUGCAGUCUGAGCCCAGACUGAGACCAAGUUUACACUUUAGUGUGAACAGUGUUUCCGCUAUAGCGGAAAAGGAAGUAAAUCAAUAAUUGUGCUCUGCAUGCAGUGUACCAUUGCAUGCCUUCAAAAUAGAUUUGACAGCUAGGACUUGGAGUCUUCCCAGAAAAGCU